AUGGAUGACGCCAUAAGGGCGCGUCGCAUCGACGACGGGGAUAUGCAAGUUGCAUUUGCCCAAUCAAAUCUGGCAGGACGUGCCAAGACUUGGGCACUGGGGCUCAAGCUGCACGACCCAUAUGCGUUUGGGUCGUUGGAAGUCUUCAAGUCGCGGCUCAGACAAACGUUUGAACCGCCUAGAGCUGAGUUCAGGGGCUCGAACCGAACUCUUGAAGCUCAAGCAGGGUAA